AUGAUGACGGCUAUCCAACCCCGAGUCGUAGCAGGCUUGUCUUCGUAUUCAGCAACUGCUCUACGCUUCGUUCAAUCCCUGCGAUCGGCCGCAGAUAUUGAUGACUCUGCGCAUGCUGUGGCUGUCUACCAGGCUAGCCAAGCGAUCUACGACCUCAAGUGCUGCAAAGACUUUCUUGAGCAACAAGGCUGGUACUGCCCACCCCGCCAAACCACUGGCGAUUUCCUUACCUCCGUCACCAACCCUGUGGAGCGUCAGGCGCGUGAUGGCAUGGAAAGCCAAGUCCUUCGAACCCCGGACGAAUUCGAGGCCUACUGGUAUCUCUCCCCUGAAUACCAAGAGCUACAGCGCAUUAUGAAGGAGCACAACAAUGAAGUCACCUCGAACUCGGAGAACAACCUGCGCCCGCUCAAGGAACAGAAGAUUCAGGCACAGACAGAUCACACUCGCUUAGCUUCACCCUAUCUACUGAGUGUACCAAUGCAAAUCAAGAUAAACACAAAGCGUGCUACCAGCCCAUGGCCGAGAUCAACAGUCUGUAAUCACAGCGCAAUCGUCGAGAAGCACAAAACCAAAUUCUUGCUCGCGGUCGCCUUUAAUAUCAUCUUAUACUUCCUCAGCAAUCUCCGACGCGAGCCCUCGCAGUUCUUUAUUUACUUCCUCAUCAACUUCAUCGUCAUGUUCGUCAUGAGUGCAGUGUUUCGAACUAUGGCUGCUAUCACGAAGACCGUGUCCCAGGCCAUGGCUCUCGCCGGUGUUUUUACUCUGGCAUUGGCGAUCUACACAGGAUUCAUUGUGCCAGUGCCAUAUAUGCAUCCCUGGUUUAGUUGGCUACACUAUAUGAAUCCGAUUUAUUAUGCGUUCGAAAUCCUGGCGGCUAACGAGUUUCACGGUCGCGAUUACGGCUGUUCCUCGAUGAUCCCAGCUUACCCGAACAUGGAAGGUGAUACUUUCAUUUGUUCGUCCAAAGGUGCUGUCACCGGCCAAAACACAGUCAGCAGUGACUCGUAUAUCUGGGCUUCCUACAACUUCUCCUACACGCAUGUGUGGCGUAAUUUCGGAAUUCUGAUCGCCUUCUUGAUCGGCUUCCUGUCACGUCUGCACGGAGCUCAAUUCGUCCACCACGAGUACCACUGA